AUGAAAGGCGAUGUUAAACCAUUCAUCGACACAAACACCCUCAACAAAGAUGGAAAUAUUGGAUUGGAUUCCAGUAUUUAUGCUUUCAGCGACGAUGGGCUAAUUCUUGCGUAUGAAUUGAUUGAAAGCGGUUCUGAUUGGAGAACGGUGCAUUUUAAGCACGUGGAAAAAGGUGAUAUUUAUAAAGACAAACUAGAAAGAGUGAAAUUCACACAAUUAUCGUGGACUAAAGACAACAAAGGCAUAUUCUACGCGGGUUUCCGCGAAAAAAAAGGCAAAGCCGAUGGCUCAGAGAAUGACGCGAAUAAAAAUAAAAAAUUGUAUUAUCACGUUCUUGGAACCGAACAAAGUGAAGACAUUGUCGUGGCAGAAUUUCCCAAUAAUCCUGAUUAUGUUGUAGAUGGCAGAGUGAGCAAUUGUGGUAAUUACCUGAUUGUGAAUCCUGCAGAAGGCAGCGAUAAUAAUUUAAUAUUAAUAGCUGACAUACGUAAUGGUGUCAAAACAAAGCCAGAACUUGAACCAAUCAUUUCAAAAAUGGAAGCAAAUUAUUUCUUCAUCGCAAACAAUGAAAAUCAAUUCAUUUUUCUAACUAAUAAAGACGCCGAUAAUUACAAAUUAAUUUCCAUCGAUAUCACAAACCCAAACCCUGAUCCUAAAUGCUGGAAAGAGAUAGUACCAGAAGACAAGAAUAACAAAUUGGAAUUUGCCAAAGCUGUGCAUGAUAAAUACGUUGUGCUAUGCUAUACUGAGAAUGUUAAGAGUGCUCUUCAACUGCAUGACAUAACAUCGGGUAAAAUGAUCAAAAAAUUUCAACUGGAUAUCGGUACAGUCAAUUUCGGCUCGUUUUUUGGAGACAGAAAGACGCCUCACGUAUUUUUUAACUUUGAAUCGUUUCUUACACCUGGUAUCACUUAUCACUGUGAUUUAUCAAAAGAAACAUUUGAUCUGGAGGUAAUCCAUGAAAUCAAACUAAAAGAUUUCGAUCGCGAGCAGUUUACUGUGGAUCAAGUAUUUUAUGAAAGUACAGACAAAACCAAAAUACCGAUGUACAUUGUUUACAAAAAAGGUCUGAAGAAAGAUGGGACGAGUUUUGCCUUCCUGACUGGAUAUGGUGGGUUCAGUGACAGCAUAUUACCUUAUUUCGUUGUAAAUCGUUUAGUGGUCAUAAGUAAUUUCGAUGGCUUCCACUGCGUAGCAAAUAUCAGAGGUGGAGGAGAGUAUGGUGAAAAAUGGCAUCGAGAUGGAUCGCGAGAAAAAAAGCAAAACAGUUUUAAUGAUUUUCAAGCCGGUGCUGAGUUUCUAAUCAAUGAAAAAUAUACGAAUAAUAAAUUACUGUCCGUUAGUGGAGGAUCGAAUGGUGGUCUUUUAAUGGGUGCUUGUCUCAAUCAGAGACCUGAUUUAUUUGGUGUCGUUUUUGCCGAAGUUGGCGUUAUGGAUAUGUUACGAUAUGAUAAAUUUACUGACGGUCACGAAUGGGUGACGGAGUACGGUUCAGCAUCUGAUCCAAAAUUUUUCCCCAUUUUGUACAAAUAUUCUCCUUUGCACAAUGUUAGAAUACCUGAUCAGGCUGACAAACAAUAUCCUGCUGUGAUGCUUGCAACUGCAGACCACGAUGAUCGAGUUUCACCUCUACACUCUUUAAAAUUUGCCGCUACACUGCAAUAUGAAGCCACGAAACAUAUCAAUCAGAAAAAUCCUUUUAUAAUUAGAAUUGAAAAAGACGCCGGUCAUUAUGCUGGAAACUCUCUGGAUAAAGAAUUAAUUUAA